ACUUCAAGUUUCUCUGAAAUAGCCAAAGACCAAAGACGGAAGCAGCUGGUAUGGGUCGGCUCCCUUUUUCUGUUUCAUUACCUUGGACUCCAGGAGGAUGGACUGUGCCUGGUGAUAUCAUGCAGGCUUUUCCUCAAGAAGUUCCUCACCUUUAAAUGGAGACUCCGGUGGAUAUUGCUACAGAAAGAAACCCUGAUCGGUUGUACAAAUGCAGGGCUAGAGGGCUAGUUUUGGAGUAUUGAGGAGUAAAGUGAAUGGCCAGCUGGCUCUAGUCCCUGCUCUCUCCUCCAGGGAAAAGAGAUGUAGGUACCCAAAUAGAGACUCAGUGGCUUUUAGAGCCCUAUGUGGGAAGAAAGCAAGCUGAGAGGAAGGAUAGUGGUCACUUCUGGGGUGCUUUUGGGUGAGGUGAAGGUCCCCUUGCCACAGUCCCACUACAACCUUCAGCUGUAAGAACCUGGGCAUUGAGGACCUCCUGUCUUAUCAGCAGGGCCCAACUUUUUGGCUAGGAAUAGCCCAUCCUGAGCACUGGUAGAAAAGCAUGGCAGUUACUCAUUGCCUAACUUAAUUCAGGCCUGCCGGAUUCUGGUAACUUUUGGGUGACCCUGAUGAAGACAAAGCCCGACUCCGUCUUUGUAUGGCAGAGUCCCGGCUCCCGCGGGUUGGGCAGGCAGUCUGCCUGCCUGGGACAUUUUGCCCAACUCAGAGGUCACCUUGCCUACCCACACUUCGUUGUCCUGUAUCUGAAUAGAAGGAUUCAUUCUUCCUUGAACUGUGCCCACUUUGGAGGAGCUGCUUUCAGGAGAGGGUGAGUAGAGAGGGCAUAGAAGAUUAGCAAAGUCAGUGGCAGACAAAAGCUGAGAUUACCUGCUGGGGAUAGGGGUGCUGGGGAUUUGUAACUACAUUAACAUCUGGCAGGGGCCCUCAAAUGUGGCAUGGCAAGUCACUUGAUUACAUGUAUGUUAUUUAGUUAAAUUUGUGAAAAUUAUGAGAUGCUCACCAACCCAGUGAUAAACUCCCUCCCUCCCCAUUGGUUGGCCUGGUCACAUGGCUGCCCAACUUUAUUCAGUUGACAGCAAGUAGGAGGGCCCUAUGGAAGGAGAAAAAAAGACAACACGAGAAAAAUUAGUAUUUUCUACCUUCUGAAAUUAAUGGCCAUGAGUUCGUAUAUGGUGAACUCUAAGUAUGUGGACCCCAAGUUUCCUCCGUGCGAGGAAUAUUUGCAGGGCGGCUACCUAGGCGAGCAGGGCGCCGACUACUACAGCAGCGCACAGGGCGCCGAGUUCCAGCCCCCGGGGCUCUACCCGCGUCCCGACUUCGGUGAGCAGCCCUUCGGAGGAGGCGGCCCCGGUCCCGGCUCAGCACUGCCUGCGCGGGGUCACGGACAAGAACCCAGCGGCCCUGGUGGUCACUACAGCGCCCCAGGAGAGCCGUGCCCGGCGCCUCCGCCCGCACCCCUGCCUGGCGCCCGGGCCUGCAGCCAGCCCGGCGGCCCCAAGCAGCCGGCCCCCGGGACGGCACUCAAACAGCCUGCUGUGGUCUACCCCUGGAUGAAGAAGGUGCACGUGAAUUCGGUGAACCCCAACUACACCGGCGGGGAGCCCAAGCGUUCCCGGACGGCCUACACCCGGCAGCAAGUCCUAGAACUGGAAAAGGAAUUUCAUUUUAACAGGUAUCUGACGCGGCGCCGUCGGAUUGAAAUCGCUCACACCCUGUGUCUUUCGGAGCGCCAGAUCAAGAUCUGGUUCCAGAACCGGAGGAUGAAGUGGAAAAAAGACCAUAAGCUGCCCAACACCAAAGGCAGGUCAUCAUCUUCUUCUUCUUCCUCCUCCUGCUCCUCCUCAGCCACCCCAGGCCAGCAUUUGCAGCCCAUGACCAAGGACCACCACACGGACCUGACGACUUUAUAGAAGUGGGGACUCUGGGCCCAACCCUCCCUUCGCUCCAGGCUGAGCCGAAGCUGCGGGGGCAGGCCGGGCCUGCUGUCACCUCACUGGGCUCUAAGGUACUGUGGGGUGGACCUGGGACUUGCAGGCCGCCCUCGGACUAGGUUAGCAUCCCGCCCGAGGGCAGCCCCCUCCCUAGAGUGGGGAAGGGGGUGGGAGGGAUGGGCGGGAUUCUCUCUACGUAUAUUAUAUGGCAGGAGCUACUGAGAACAUAAAACCUUGGCGAGUCAUUAAACUCAUGAAAAUCUCAGCUGUUGGAUUUUGACUUUGCAAAUGAAGGUUGGAUGCUUUAUCCCAGUAUGAAUUUGGACACCCUCCCCCACUCCACCCCUCCAGGGAGCUUUGUGGUUUAGUAAUGUGGGGGAGUUGAGGCAGAAGGUUGGCCACCCCUGUGCUAGGUGCUUUCAAUGGGAGCAGGAAAGCUGGGCCAGGAUUUCUGAACUUUCUGGGUUGUCAUACUUCCAGUGUGAUUAAAAAGAAAGUGUUUUGCUCCCAAUGGUCCCAUGCCCAAAGAAAUAGUGUAAGAAGGAAAGGAAACGGGUUAUUUUAUGUUUAGAUUAUAUUUGCUUAAAUAUUUAUUUGUUGGAAAUGGGUACAGAAAUAACUAACACCAUCAUGCCAAAAAUCUUUAGAUGGCCAAAGGGGCUGAGCUUCAGAGAGCUGGAACAGAUAUGUGUGGACUCACUCCUGGCGGAUACCUGCCUUUGGAACUCCACUCCCUCCCCAUUCCUUGGAAAGAAAUAUAGGGGACCCUUAACCCUUCUAGAAAAAGCAAAGGAUCCACUGGAAGUUGAGUUCUUGAAAAAUAUAUUUCCACAUGUGCUUGUUUUCCAGCACAGUGCUUAUAAGCAGUUCUGAGUAAUUAAAGGAAAGGGGUGGUGGUGAGGGAAACAAAUGGUUCAACAUUUUCCUUCUGGGGAAGGAAAACAAAACCUCUAUGCCCUGGGCCAUCAGAUAAUGACUGAAUUUUCUGUUCCAACUGGGUUCCAAAUAGCUCCCAAAUCCUGCAUAGCAGGAUUUCAUAGGAAUUGGUGUUAUGGCCUAUAUGGUGGAGGUUUGUGCAGUUGGGAACAGUGGGUAGGUGAGGAAGUAUUGCUUUAAGAAAGAAACUAAUUGAAUCUAGAAGUGUACAAAAGUUGGUCUUAGGGAGUUUUCCCCCUGAAGUUUUAAUUUAAGGGGAAAAAAAAAACCUUAAGGAAGUUUUUCUCAAUCCAUUAAUUAGAAGCAGAAAUUGCAAAAGUACAAAAGUUUACAGACCCUCUUCUUUGCCUUGAGAAUAGUGCUUUUAAAAAAUCAGUCUUGAACCACAGAAGAGAUGUUCUUUAGUCACUUUUUUAAAUGUCAUGUUUGGGAAGAAUUUAAAGCUCAUUUUUCUAAAAAUGUUGACCCUUAAGGAUAAGUGAGAAAGAGUCAAAGGUAAUGUUCAGAGUUCAUAUACUCAAAUGAAACAAGUUUUCAAAAGUUUGAAUCCCAAAGCCUUCAAAAACCAAAAGCCUCCAAAAAAGAAACCCCUAGUUAUAAGUGACCCAAGUGGGAAAGCAGAAAGGGUAAGCUAAAAACUUAAUAUUAAGAUCCAUAAUGAAGUUACUUUUCCCUAGUACUUUAGAAUGUUUUAGCUUUUAGUAGUAAUUCUUAAAAUACACUUAAGUGAAGAGGGAAAAAGAGGCGUGUUCUUUGGUGCUGUGUCUCCUGAGAGCUGAGGGCAGGUAUUCACUGAGGUCCCUAGGCUAAAAUUCCGCUUCUCUAAAGUGUCUUCCAAGCCUUGGUCUUUUGUAUUAGACCCUAGGGAUAGCUCUUUGUUCCUCUUUGGGGUGAGCCUGGCUCUCAGACUUGCACAUGGCAAUACUUGAAUAUCGCCACGUCGGGAUAUUAAAGAUGGAUAUUCCUGCAUUAUUCGCAUCAUUGUUUCUAUGACAAAAAGCACAGAGUUCAUACAUAGUCAAGACGUCUUUUUUUCUGAUGCCCCACGUUGAGAGGCUGAAAAGGUAUUUUACUGAAGUUCGGCUAAAUUACAGAAUCAGGUUCAUCCAGAGGACAAAUUUUCUAUUCGAUUAGCUGUAUUUCAGCCAGGAGGACUGACCUCUAAACCCUUAACCUUUUGGACUCUAACUACCCUUCUCCGCCCCCCCCCCCUCUUUAACAUAGAGAGCAGUCUUUGGAUGUAGCAUUUGAAAAGAGCCACUAUCCUUAGGCAAAUUGGGGAGUUGCUAAGAUUCUUUCCUAAAACCCUAAUCUGUGCAAACAUAGAACCUUCCCCUGUGGAGAAGUAAAAAAGUAUAUAUUUUCACAACAUCUAACUACAAAUCUAUUAUGGAGAAUUAUCAUGUAGAUCUUCCUUUCCCAAAAAGUUUUGGUCACUCACCUAACUUCAGACCAAAUGCCACACUGCUUAACUGCCUUUUCCCCUGUCUCAAAGGAAAGCCAAGAGUCAUGUUUUCCUGAAGAAAACCCCAGAUUCUUCUUAAACAUGGUCCCACUACUUUGGAAAGUAAUUUCAUCAGAGAAACAACUUCUUUGUUUAUAAGUCUCAGCUCUUCUUCUCAGCUUCCAGGGAUUGUCUUUUGAAAUGUUAAUGGAGCCUGGCUGACCCAGAGGGUAGCUCCCAACCCUGAUGUCCCACUCAGACCUCAGUAUCCAUUUGGGCCCCACAGGAGUGGGCCAGGAAAGGGGAAAGGCCCUCCAACCACCUAGGGCAGGGAAGGAAAUCAGUUUCCAUCUGGGAAUAUGCUCUGUGUGGAAAGCUCCAGAACCCUUUUGCUAUUAUUUAUUUCCAGUUUGUUCCCCCCAUAUAUGGGCCAGUAGUAUUUGGUUUUGUGGUGUUACUUUUUUAAACCUGUGUUGGGGUCAUGACAGGGGGAGGUGAAGUGUUUGCUGAGGACACUGCUCCUCAGACUCCCAUCUCACUUUGUCCAUUGCAGCCUUUGUUGUGAGAUGACAUUGUCAGUCAGCCCCAUGGAGUCUGUUCACAUGAGAUGCUUUUUUAAUAGAAUUGACCAAUGUUUUGCUGCCACUGAUUAAAGUAUUAUUUAUACUAA